AUGACUAAUGUACCAUCGCUGAAGGUUGAAUUUGAUGAGUCCACCGCCAGAUAUCUCGACUGGCUCAAAACCCACAACGUUGACAUUUCACCCAAAAUCACCAUACAUGACUACACAUCAAUCAACCAAGGACGUGGGGUUAUUGCAUUGGACGAUAUCAAAGAGGGAGAAAUCUUGGCCACGAUUCCCAAAUCUGCAUUGAUAAACGUCAAGCAAAACCUUCUUGUUCAAACCCACCCCAACUUGAAACAAUACCUAAUGAGACUUUCUCAUUGGGAUGCAUUGAUAAUCAUACUAUUAUAUGAGUUGCGCAACAAACAACAAAGUCAGUGGUUGGCUUAUCUCAGUGUCUUGCCGCAACUGGGGUUUAACCAGUUGAUGUUCUGGAGUCUGAAUGAGUUGAACUUGUUGCAGCCGAGUUGCGUUUUGGACAGAGUUGGUAAAGAGGCCGCAUUUGAAAUGUACAACAAGACGUUGGAUGUUGUUAAUGAUAUGAAAAUUGAAGAGCUUGAUGAUGUCAGUUUUGAAGAGUAUAAUGUGAUUGCCACGAUUAUUAUGUCGUAUUCGUUUGAUGUUGAGUUGACAAGAUUGGAGGAAAGGGAAAUCAGAGAUCAACUUGGUGUUGAGGAUGAAGAAGGGACCGAUGAUGACGCUGUUGAUGAGGGAGAUCAUGUUCCUGACUUGGUGAAGCAUGAGCAUAAUGGGAGCGAUGGAUCUGCAGAAGUGAAAUCAUUACUUGAGAGAAACGGGAUAUCACUCGAUGAGGAUGAGGAGCCCCACUUGCAUGGAGAAGCUGAGCAAUUAGGACAAGUUGACGAAGAGGAGGAGGAGGAAGAGGAGGAGGAGGAAGAGGAAGAGGAGCAAGAGGAGGAAGAGGAGGAAGAGGAAGAGGAGGAAGAGCAGGAAGAGGAGGAGAGUGAUGACGAAUUAAGUUCUACCUCUCCAGACAUACUCAAGGACAACUGCAUAAAAUCCAUGGUCCCACUAGCAGACACGCUCAAUGCGGACACAAACCACAACAACGCCAUAAUCAACUACGAAGAAAACAACUUGGUUAUCACCAGCAUCAAGCCCAUCAAAAAGGGACAUCAAGUCUACAAUACAUACUCCAACCACCCUAAUGGGGAAAUUUUACGCCGAUACGGCUACGUUGAGCCACAAGGUUCAAAAGGAGAUUUUGGCGAGAUCCCCAUUUCCAUCAUUUAUCAAUACUUUAUUGAGAAAUACGUGGUUCAUGAAUCUGAGUUGGCUCACUUGCUUGAACUAGUGGGACAAGUGUCUUUCCAGGAACAAGUUAAUGAUAAUGGGGAUGUAGAUGAAGAUGAGGGCGAGUUUGAACUAGUCUUGGAUUCUUAUGACUGUUUUAAUACUGGUGAAGUGACUAUUGAAUUGGUGUUUUUGGUGCAGUUGCUAACAACUUACCUCACAAUACAACAACAACAACAACAACAACAGAAGCAGCAGCAACAGCAGCAACAGCAGCAUAAUGAAAGUAACCAACUGCAUGAUCAAGUUAAGUGGGACUCGGUGAAACGAGUGUAUCGAAAAAUCUAUCAACUAAUUGAAUCGAAAAAGGUGACAGUUGACCUAAUUAAGAAUUUGCAAGAAAUUUUACUAGUUAGAUUAGAUCAAUAUCCCAACUACGCAUCUGAACCAUUCGACAAUGACACGACUGCGCCAGUGGCCAAGGACGCAAUGGCGAAAAUUGUACUACAAAGUGAAUUUCAUUCUUUAAACACUUGUUAUCAAGAUUUACAAAAGACAGUCGAACGCACCUUGGAUUCCACUGUAAAAGUUAUACCUGAUGAUAAGUUGGUUAGAGCAAUCACCAAGACUGGUGAUAAAGAGCACGGCAGAGGUGAAAAGAGAUGCAGUGAAGACAAGGAAGUGAGUUCAAAAAAACACAAGAAGAACAAAAAAUAA